UUGUCACUGAUCGACAAAAUGCAUUCAGUAACCGUAUGCUCUCUGUACAAAAAUGCAUUGAAAACUCCUGCAAGUUCAGGAGGAUAUUUCGUUUGAUCGGUUAUUAUCUGUGCGGGUUUGAAGUGUUGAAUAAUAUCAAGUGUUAAGUCUGGAAUCUAUUUUUAAACUUUUAAAUCAUCAGAAAACGAUACCAAGAAUAACUUUUAAUAUCUGAUAUAUUAAAAAAUGAGUGUGUUAUAGCUAUGUGUAGAGUGGUUGUGUCGAUAAAAGUUUUUUUAUUGCUCGAGUAUUAAGGGUUAGAAAUAGGUAGUUUAUGUUUAAAAAAAAAGGAAUGGUUCGGAAAAUUGCGAAAUUGGUGAAUCGUUUGUGUAUAGUUGUGACCAGUAUGAUUUAAUUGAUAUAUAUGAAACAUGUAUUUAUACACAACGUAGAUAAACAUCUUUAAAAAUAUAUCGUUUAUUAACUGUAAACAAAACUUAUUUUGUUUUUCGUAUAACAGCAUUUUAUUAACCAUUAAACGUUUUCGGUAAUUUACUAAAUUAGAAAAUGAUUACGUUUGAAUCAUAUGCUUUUUUUCAUUUCCAAUUAAAAUGUUGUUAAUACGUUUAUUAAUUUAACGAUGGGUUCAACUAUAACAUUUUGUAAAUUUAAGGAAAAUUACUUAUCAAAUUUAUUUUUAAUUAUAUACUUUUUGUUUUAUGUCAUAACAAUAAUUUACUGAAAGAUAUUUUAUUUUAAUUGUUAAUUAUUAACAAAGGAUAUUUGAUUUUAAAUGAUACAAAUUCAACUUAAUAAGUUCAAUAGAUGUUAUACAUCGAUAAUCGCUCGAUAGAUAAUUAUCAAAAGCUAGAAAGUUGUUGUACAAGGGUUGUAUGAGAAGUACACAACCUAACAAAAUAACAAGACUUUUUUUUCUACAAUCAUUUUAAUUUUCCUGUUAGUAAAACUUCAGCGUAAACUAACAGGAAAAAGUCGCUGGGGUCGGCUUGAACGGUUGAACACGGUGGAGGUCAACUAAUUAGCCAUGGUUAAAAUCCAAUUGAUUGCACUUUAUUUUAAUUCAAAUUCGAUCGUUUUCUGUUAUUUCUCCCUUUACCUUAUGAAGCAAUGAUUCGUGAUGUACAAUCCCAGAACAACGGUUGCCAUUACUGUUUAGGCUAAAGAAACCGUCUUUUUCAGAGCAGAUUUGCCCUUUACAAUCCACUGUCUUCACUGUUGUGAUUCGACGCAAAAAUUCCGAAUAAUUUUGCUAAAACUGUAUCAUUAAGGCCCGGGAAAUAUUUCUUUGUAUGUGCUUUUGGUCCAAAGUAAGCAAACGCGGCACCCAAAGCACACAUAACUUACAUAAUUCAUUUUUGCUAACUUUAGAUUGUACAAGUUAUCCCUGUAAAAGUUACGAUUUGUCAACAAUUGGGCAUGAGCCGCACUCUACAUGGACAUACGUAAUCUUCCAUAAAAAUUUUUAUAAUGUUCGAAUGUAUAAUUUAGAAAAUAUACUUAAAUACAAGUUUUGAUUUCGAAACUUUGAAGGCCUAUGACUCAGAAGCGAGGUGUCGUAUGAGAAAAUUUUUUCCAUACUAAAAAAAAAUAAACUCGAUACAUAAACAGUUUCAAAUUAAUUGAUUUUAAAUACCUAACUGUUAAUUGGUAAUACUAUAAUUGAUUGGUACUGUAUUUUUUAUUGGCUUUUUGAAAUUUGAAUAAAAACGGCGGAUCUCCUCCCUUUUUUUCAUAAACGUAUGGUUGAGAGCUAGUAUCAAAUAAAUAGCAGAGAAUUAAUGGUACACUACUUGUAGUUAGUUAUAAUUCGCGUUUCUAGACGUUCCAGUGAAGUGCGUGAACUUUUCUUCGCUCCACAUUUGAAGUGUUCACAAUUUCCAUUAUCGUCUUAAUACUCUUACAUACAUCAUAAUUUUUCAAUUUGUGUUUGUAUCCCUUCAAAAACUUGUUCCACAAAACUGCUUCCAUUUGAAUAUACAGAAAAACAAGGAGAGUAACUGCGUUAAAGUGUAAUCUGUUGGGUUUACACCGCUUUCCCGCAUUCUUAGUUUUUAGAUUUUAGAAAAUUUAAAUAUAUCGAGUGGUGUUGUAUUCAAAGAUCGACUGAAUGUCUUCACUUUUUUUUAAUAAUUUAACUUUCGAAACGUAACUGUUAAUACUUUUAUCAAUUUAAUUACUCAUCAGUGCCAAAUUUAUGGUUAUAUAAGAUCAUUUUUUUUUAGAAUGUACGAAGUUUUUUGUUUGUUGUGUGAUACACGUUUUGCUGAUAAUUAAGUACAGGUCUUUUAAUGCUCUAAUUAUCUUAAUAUAUAUUAUAAAUGAUAAACGUGAAUGAAAAAAAAUACGUUUGGAUAAGGCAAGAGCGUUGCGUAUAACAUAUCAUGAAAAUGUUGCGUAAACGGGUGAUUUUAAAUAUAUAAACAAAAAUGGAGAUUCUACAUACCAUAUCACUUGCUUUAUACACAAUAAUGGAUAUUUACUUUCAAUAACCUUCAUUCCUCAUUUCCUAUAUCAAUUUGUUUACUAAAUUAAGACCCCUUUCUAUGUAAAAAGCAAGCAUAAGAUGGUAACUUUACACUCGAGUAGUGCCUUCCGUGUGGAGGUACCGCCUGUAGAUAUUGGUGUCGAAGUUUCGUAGGUUGUGGUAUUCGGGAGAAACGUGUCUUGGUAGCUGGUUCCACAGCUUUGCACUUCUCCUAAGAAAGGAGUCCCGAUAAAUCGACGUUCUGGGCGUCUGUAGGCGAACUCAGUGUUCAUGAGUCACGUCUGCCUGUCGAGUAGAUCAUGCAAAUACUGCUCUAAAUGGGAUUAAGCUGGAGAGCUCGGAAGGGCAUCUGUCGUGGUAAUAUCGUCAAAACAUCCCCUAUAUGCUCUAAGCUGUCCAAGUUUCUAUAACCUAUAAGUCAAAUUGCUCUCUUCUGUAUUAAGUCUAAAGGUAUGCUUGUGAGCCAAGCUCCAAAUAUGCGAGCAAUACUCCAAAGAUGGACGAAUUAUUGUCUUAUAGAGGAUUAGAAUCUGUUUCGAAUUAUAUAGCUUUUUGGUCUUUGAAAGAUCUCCAAGUUUUUGUGAAGCUGCCUACGGAUUGUAGUGUAUCCAUUUUGAACUGCUGCCUGGUGGAUAAUGAGUAUUUUAGUCGAUUACGGAUAGACAUCCAUUAUUUGUUCUCGAGUUUCUUCAUCUAACAAUAGUCCAAUAGAGUAAAUCAACCAAUUCUAAUAUCAAGAAUAUGUAUAAAUCAAAGUUAUCGUGUAUCUUGUAAAACUAACUUCCGCAUAUUUCAAAUAAUAAAACACUUUCAACAUUUGUUUUAUAAAUAACUAUUACAUGAAUAUAGUUUGACUAUAACUUUCUUACUGCCGCGAUGCGGGUCAUAAAAACUAUUAACAAACGGUUCAACAACCCAAUCUACUAAAUCAUUCCAUAAAUCUGAAAAUAUAAAUCUUAAAAUAUAAAAUGCGUCUCAGGAUUAGUAAAACGGCUCCCAAUUUUCCUUUUGAAAAAUCGGAAAUUCUCCAAAAAACCUUUUUUUCUAUAAAGUGCCUUUUAUGUGACACAAGUGAUUAGGAAAAGAUGUUUAGAAUCAAUAUCGUCUAGGCCCAUAAACCAAAUUUCGAAAUCAUUUGUCAACUAGAAUUUUUGUCAGUCGUUUUAUAUUUUGAAUAGAUAUUAGUAUAGUAACGAAAGUGACAAUGAGGUAUUUUGAAUCAAUAUUUUACCAUAAAAUUAUCAAUAAUCGACAUACAACAAAACGAAACCAGUAUUUGAAUUGUAAUAAAUAUAUUACCUUAUUAUAAACAUUAGAAUUCGAAUGUUUUUAUAUGGUAAUAGAAAUAAUUUCAGUUUUUAUUUGUUACACUUAUUAAAAAUUAGCUAGAUAAUUAUUUUGGUACAUUGUGAUUGUAAAGUUUUUGUGGCAAGACGUAUUCAAAAGUUUAUCAUCUACAAUUGAUAAAAUAGGAUAACUUAAACAAUGUAAAUAACUUAACGACAAAAAAAAAUUCACAUUCUCUUUGAACGGAUUAUUAUUCAAUAAUUUUUUGUCAUUAAGAAUUUCCUGUUGACUCGUUAACUAUUAUUUAUGAAAAAGGUCAAAUUUCGUAUCAAAAUUCGACGAUAACGUAAGUUUUUUCUCUCUAAUUUCAUUUCCAGUUGUCGUAAAUAAAAAAUUCGAGAUGAGAAAAAUGUGUAAAGGCGGACCAGUCGUGGCAGCUGCUGUAACUGUUUUCGAAACACAACAACUAAACUACAACAAUAUUUGUAAAGGGAAUAAUUCACUCAUCCCGGAUCGAAAUAGUUCCCGUUCCCCAAACGAUCAACCUAAAAAUAAAAUCGGUUGUUUAGAUGACGAAUUUAGCUUCGAAUCGGCCGUCAAGAAUUUUAACAGCAUCGCGGAAGACGUCCAGGAAUUCUGUUUUACAGAUUCGCUGAAAAGGAUCGGCCGUCUUCCUAUCAAAACGGAGUCUAAAUCAGAAAAACCUGAGGAAUUCCACGAGGUGAACGAGUAUAUGAAAGAGGAAGUGUUGAGAAAUCAUGUGAAUGAGAAGAGGGGAGGGGGUGGGAGUGAGUCGUACAGUUGCGGUAACGGAAGUUGUAGUGACAGUGGGGCAUCGGAUAGUGAGGAAGAAAAGGAGCAGCUGAUUAGUGAGGGGUUGGAGACUAUUACUGAGGAACUGAGCGGUGCGCAAUCGGGUCAAGGACAAGAAGACGAUUCAAGUCUAGAAGACGAUUCUACAAUAAAGGAUCAACAAAAUCAAGCAUGGUCCGAAAUUUAUUCCAGUCAAAGUUCUACAUCAGAUUUGUCUACAUCUUCAUCAGAACAUCAGUCCAAUUCAAGAGAUAGCUCAACACGUUGCAACAACGACUUCCAAUGGAUCCGUAAACAAUCUGCGGAUAAUCCGUCACAAAAAAUGGAGGACGUCGAACAGAUUACUUGUACAAAACCCCCACUUAAUCGGACGGUUCGCGAAAAGACGCCUCGCAAAGAAAAGACUACCGAAAGCUUGGAUAGGAGAAAAAUACAUCAAAAUAGAAUAGAAAGAGAUCAAAAAUCCCGAUCGCACAUUUUAAAAAGUCCUCCUAGAUUGGAUGAUUUCACCGGUGGUGGUUGCCAAAGUUGGUGUUGCAACCCUCACGAGUUUUGUUACGAUAAUUUUCAAAGGAGACACGAAAGACAAGAUCCUCAAAGAUACGGCAGUAAUCCUACGUUAGAAAGAAAUCAACAUCAUCAAAGAUUCAUCGAAAGGGGGAGUCAUCCAGAUAUAUAUAGUGAUUUUGGAAGAUUUAGGCAUGAAUUGCAGUGUUGUUCAUAUCAUAUGGCCCCAAUUAUUCCGCCGUGUUGUUUUUAUGGCGACAGAACUCAUCAUUGGACGCCUCCUACGUAUAGUAAGCCGACCGAAACGGACGAAAAAUUUAGGAAACUUCAGUACGAAAAAGAUAACCUCCAAUUACAAGUACAAGUAUUGACAGAUCAAAUCGAAGCUCAAUCUGAUAAAAUUUCAGAUUUAGAAAAGUUACUCUAUGAGAAAAAACAGCAGUUAUCAGAAACCGAGGAUAAAUUACAAAGAGAAAUUUUGUCCAGAUCAUCGUUAGAAACCCAAAAACUAGAAAUGAUGUCGUUAGUGAGCGAAUUGAAGUUACAACAAGCAGCUUUAGAAAGGGAAAAUGCGGAAUUGAGAAAUACUCAUUUCAACAAUAACUCGGAUUUAAAGAAACCUCCUGUGAUGCCUAGGAUGACAUCUCAACCUACUCUAACCUCUACACCAGUACAACAUGCUGGAAAUCAAAGAUUGAAUAGGAUUUCACCAUCACCUAGUCCAGUGACAGUAGUAGCUAAUAACGCCGGAAGGAUAGAUAUAUCUACACCUUUACCAGAUAUUCAACAAAGACCGAAGACUCCUCCAGCAAAUUUCAAGCGUCAAAUCGACGUUCAUUACGGCAGUCUUCCACGUCAACAAUUUCUUCUAAAUGGGAAUGGUAGCAACGUCGACAACAACGCGAAUCCUGCAAACGGAAAUAAAAAAGGAGUUGCCUUCGGUAGGGGAUUUUAUUCUCUGGUAGGGGGCAGGCACAGGGGAUUCUCUGUUCCGAAUCUAGCGGAAACAGAAAAAGUCUUGAUAGAAGACGGAUCAAAUGAAUCGCCCGGUUCUCCAAAUAUCUCAUUCAAUAAAUCCAAAGGAAUUAAGAAGAUUUUUGGUAAAAUUAAAAGAUCCGGAUCUGGAAAUUUAGAAGACAUUCAGGGCUUAAGCGAAUUCCAAAGAGGAGGUGUCAGAGCUACUGCAUCGGCAAGAUUAGGAUGGAGUGAACCUCAAAUAGUACAAAAACCAGACAAACCCUUCUCUGAAUGGGAUACAGAAAAUAUUUGUGAUUGGUUACAAGACUUGGGGCUUGAUAAUUACAUAACAGAAGCAAAACGUUGGGUUCAGAAUGGUCAGCAAUUACAAGAAGCUUCUAUUAAUGAGAUAGAAAAAGAAUUGAAUAUAAAAAAUCCGUUGCAUAGGAAGAAAUUACAAUUGGCACUUAUCGAUACACAAGCUAAUGGAUCAAGCGAUCUAUACUUAGCUCAAGCAGGUAAAUUGGACACGGCUUGGGUACUAAGAUGGCUGGACGAUACGGGCUUACCACAGCACAAAGAAAACUUCCUAAUAAAUAGAGUAGAUGGUAGAGUUCUACAUCGACUUACCAUGGAUGAUUUAGCACUAUUACAUGUAACGUCAAUGUUACAUGUCGCCAGUAUUAAAAGAGGUAUUCAAGUAUUACGUGAAAAUAAUUACGAACCUGGAUGUCUACAAAGAAGAUCUCUUCCUGACGAUCCAGAUCCGCCUACGAUUAGACAAAUUUCUUUGUGGACCACACAUCGAGUAAUGGAAUGGUUAAGAGCAGUCGACUUGGCAGAAUACGCACCAAAUUUAAGGGGGGCAGGCGUUCAUGGUGGUUUAAUGGUAUUGGAACCAAAAUUUAAUGCUGAAUUGAUGGCGUCACUUUUAUCAAUACCACCAGGAAAGACGUUACUUAGGCGACACCUUAAUACGCAUUUUAUAGAACUGCUGGGUAAAGAUAUAAUCCAAGAAAAAAGAGAAAUAGAGUCAACGAUGGGAUACAUACCUUUAACGCCUUCAUUAAAAUUAAAGGUAACAAAAAAAUCACAAUUUUCGCUGAAGAGGAAAAAAUCUAAAGGCGAAGCAGAUUAUGGAGACCUAGUGUGCCCUUUAAAUCCAGACAAAACAGGUGAAAUGACAAGCUCCACGGGUAUGAUGAAGACGGCAAACGUAGAGGACGAGGUUGUCUAUCGUCGCAUUGAAUACAAACCUGUCAGAUCGUUACCAGCAUCUGCAGGGAAUUCCCCGAUUCCACAAAGAAUGUUCGAUAAUAACUAGAUUUUAAUUAUGUAGAAAUAGUAUAUUUCCAUUUUACCAACUUUUUAAACAUUGAUAUAUUUUAUAACUAAUUUAUAGCAUAAAGUGAGACACUGUAUGUACAACAUAUCACCAGAACUGCCGAAGAUAAUUUGGAAAAGUAUCUAGAUAAGUUACUUUUUCUUUAAAAAGUAUUUAAAUUUAGUUUGGAGUUUGACUAUUUAUCUCAAGCUACUUUGUAUAUUAUGUAUGUAAGUACUAAGUUUUUAAAAUCAGAUAAUGCAUUUCUUGUAUUAAUAAUUUAAGAAAAAGAAGAAGAGUUUUUGAAUCCCUGUAAACAUCUAAUACGAUUAAAAAAAUGAGAAUAUAUAAAAAUAAUGAAUUAAUAAAUUAAUUUGUAUAACCAUUUUGUCAUGUACCCUAUUUUUGUUGUUAACUGCAUUUACAAUUUAUUUAGUAUAAAUAGAAUAUAAUAAUCGUAUUUUUCGAAUCUAAAAUACUAUCAAAGAUGCAAUUUAUUUCAAAAAUUAUGUGAGACACUUAUUUCUUUUUAUAAAAAAACUUGAAGAAAUUUGGUUAUUAGGAUACUUUAAAUUUACUAACGCAAUCUAAAGUAGCUAAGUAACUUUUUGGCAGCUCUGUAUAUAGCACAUGUUUAUUUCAUUUAUUAAAGAUGAAAUUUGUGACAUUGAAUCAUCUUACCGAUUCUAAUCAACUAAUUUAACCAAAUAAUCACUAAAAAAUUGAAUAUCAUACAUAUAUAUUAUUGGCUCGAUGUUUGAACCACUUGUAUUUUUGUAUUCCUAUAUAAACUCGGUUAAGCCUUACAAAAUAUCAUCCUAUAAUACCUCCUGUUUUUACCAAAGUCUUAUCUUACCUUUUCACUAAAAACCGUUCAUGACCAGCAUUAGUUGAAUUAGAUACAUAUGACUAAUACCAGGAGAAAGUCGUUUUUAUUGCCUACUAACUUGAUAAUAGUAAAAAUACAAACAAAAUUUAUAUUUGUAUUUUCACUUCUAUACAUUGGAAGAUAGCCAAAAAUCUAGAUCCCAAAUGAUAAAAUAAAUGUACGGAAUGUAUCUAGAGGGAUCUUAAUCUAUGUAGAUAAUAAAAACGAACUCUAUACUUAAAUAUGCUUCAGUUAAGAUAAGGGAGCACACCAAAACAAGGGAAACCUGCAAAGCAACGCAUAUAAAAAACUUGCAGCACAGUAUGAGUUUCAAAAAUUAAAUUAUAUGUACUGUCUCUUAGGAAGAGACUAUCAGAAUAAAAUUUCGCUGGUUAUAUAAACUCCAAUUGAUGUGGGGAAUUUACAAACCACUUAAGUGAUUUUUGGGUCAAAACAAUUUGAUAUUCGACUUCAAACAAAUAAUAUGUUGAAACUAGCACUGUAAAAUUCAUAUAGGCAAAUAUCAAAUUGAAGUAUUAAGUUUUUUUGUUACUUUUUUAUACGUACUAAAUAAACAUAAUUAAUUGCGUAUUAAAUAAAUAUAAUCAAAUUAUUAUAAUACAACUUGCCGCUAAUGUAUCCAUCAAUACGCCCUAUGAAACUCCAAUGAAAAAUUGAUUUCACUACCAUCACAAGGAAUUAUUAGUAAUAAUAUAUCAAAGUUUUAAAUGCAUUUUUACAAAUUCCUAACAGUAUUCGAUAGUUAUAAGAAAAUUUUUAGUGAGUAACUGAAUCGAAAUUACUAAAGCUUGCAUAUUAAUAAUUUAAAACGUGUGUAUUGUUUUUAAUAACUGCAUAUUAGUAUUUAACUGGCGCCGGUGCGGUUUUUGCCAAUCAAGUUUUGAAUGUUUUGAAUAAAGCCGGUACUACACGAUACGUUCAACGCUUGCGCCAAAAUUCAACUUCAAACGUAGCUAAAUAUUUGACGAAGAUUAGCUGGGGUACUACUUUGACGGGGUCAAAAAAACCGAUUCUCCAUAGCCAAUGUUGGAAACAAAACAUUGAUCGAAUGACAUGCGCGCACUACGACCACACGAUGUGUUCAAUCGUACCAACGUUGGAAGCAUUGGACGCACCAUGUGGUACCGGUUUAAUACAAUUAGAAGAUUUUGUGUAAAAUAGUUUGAACACAUUUAUUGUUUACUGGUAGCUUACUACAUCGGACCAUGUUAUCAUUCUAAAUGGAACUUCAGAUUAUCUUCAUCGAAACUUAAACCAUAGAAGUACUAAAUUACUGAACCACUAAAUAUUACCUACAAAAUUACGGAUUAGAAUUUCUAUGUUGAUGCAAGAACUAUAAUUUUUGGGAUCUCAGCUUCUGAUUCUGUGUCUUAUAAUUUCUUUUUUUAAUAUAAUAUAGUAGACUCUUUUUAAUUAAUUAACUAAUCUUAGUUCGAAUUCAAUUAAGCUCAACAGUUACACAAUCAGAAAUUUACUACACUAAGCCAUAAAUAUUUAGAAUUGACGUCUUUAGCAUGUCAAACUAGUUGUUUUUAAUAAGAGUGUGUUGAGGGUAUUCUGCAAAUUUUUGGGAAAAAAAUUACUUUGGGCAUUCAAGAACUAUUCAAUUCUUAUCUAUCGAGUAUUGAUAUAAAUUAGUAGUUUCUAUUAAAUAAUUGAUUAAGAUGUUUCUUUGUACUUAACUCUGGAAGUUUGCCUUAGAGUAUUCACAUAUUUACAAAUAAAUUUUUUGGUUUUUGAUUUCAAAUAUGUUUUUGCAUGAUUUGAAGGAGGCCUUCAAUUCCGGAAAAUUAACUAUAUAACACCAUUUAUUUCUAGACACAUUCGUAAAUGGAACCACUCGAUUUAUAACAAUUUAUACUUUUAAUUUCGGAACCCGAUCUAGGUAAAUGAUAUGAAAGAAAUACAGCUUUCAUCAUCUUAUCAGAAAACAACUCACCACACGGCACGCACAUAUUACAAACUAUGAGAGAAACCAACAUAUUCAACAGAAAUUAACUUCAUAUUUAAUAUGUAUAAGGUAUAUGAAGAAAAAAUGGAGGGACAGUAUUAAAUUCAAGUCAUUAUCCAUUAUAUAAUAGGUGUAGAUUGACUAUUGCCACUGGAGCAAAAUGGUAAAGGACAACACAGUUUAUAAUGGCUAAAGAAUUUGAUCCAAAUAUCCCGCUUUGAUUUCCAAAUAUUAAUAUUUCGAAACAAAAUAAAUUAUAUAUUAGAUUUGAAUAGUAAGUUUCUUACAAAUUUAUAUAGAGUUUAGAAAAGACCACAACUGGCGAUAACUUCUAGUACGGUCCGAGAUAGUAAGCAGUUGAGUAGCAUUUUAGUAGAUUUUAGGUGAAAGGUGUGUAAGUUAUUUAUUAUAAGAAACCAAAAAAAAACGAAUGUGAAAGUAUAAUUGAAAAAAAUAUUUUAAUGUGUUAAGAACAUGUUUACAAUAUAUUAGCAGGUGACUUUAACGGAAAUAUAUGAUGACUAAGUGCCAAAAAAAUAAGAAUUGCUUUUAACAAUGUUCCAAAAUUAUUAUAAUCGCCUGUUUCAAGUUAUUACUAUUUUCGAAUCACCUAUCCUGUUAAAUGUGCCCAAUAUCUAUUCUUCAUAACUAAAUCUAAACCGGUAUCAUUUAGGUAUCACAUUUCAAUGAUAAUAUAAUUAGUAAAAUAUGUUUGCAACAAAAAAAUCAAAUAUAUAAAGUCAUAACUAAACUAAUUAACAAAAACAUAUAAAAUGUGUUUUACAUCAAGAUAUAUAAGUACAAUUAUUAGUAAACAAAGUUUUUGGUUCAGUAACUUUAAUAUCAAAUUCUAUAAUGGUGACUUUUUUCUAUCUAAUUCCAAACAAAAUAAACUUUGUUUAUAUUUAAAUUACAAGAGGCGAAUUCAUCUCUUGUUACAUCAUUUCAAAAUAAAAAAAUGUAUGUAUCAACAUAAAAAAAUGUAUGUAUCAAAUUAUUUUGAAGGCUAAUGAUAUAAAAUACAAAUUUUGGUUUGUUAUGAGUAUAUUUAAAAAAACAUAUUAAUUUACAUACCUCAAACUGGUUCAUUAAAUAUCAACACGAAUCUUUUAUACUAAACCUUGGCACUGACUUACUCCAACAUCACAGUAAUGUAACACAUGUAAUUAUAUUGGCACAUAAAGAACGUUUCAUUAAUAAUUGGAAUAGAUAAUUAUUGAAUGAGGUAAAAAUAUGAAGAUUGAAUCUAAAUUACUUAGAUACAAUGUGGCCUUACUUGAUUUUGAAAACGCAUUAAUUCAAAUCUCCUAGUUGUAUUCUUGUCCUAAUGUAAGUAACUGCUAAUUUUUCCCAACAUCUAUUCCACAGUCCUUGUAUAUUUCAGACUAUAAUUAGAAACUUUUAUUUAUGAUAAUUUAAUUUCCACAAAUAUUCAACAGUGGUAAUAUUACCACUUAUUUAUUAAACAUCCUGUAUUUAAGUAAUCUUCAUAAAAGAUAAAUGAAAAUUGGAACAUUGUCAUAUAUAUGCAACAAUCUGUUUAUAUAACAAUAAGACUGAAAGGACGGGGGCCAGCUGACCUGUAAUGUGGUAUUAUGACAAAGCGAGAAGGAUUCUAAAAAAAUAUAGUUAUUGUAAUUGUUAAAACUUUAUCUACUUCUGAUAAAUAAACUAAUAGUAUAUGAUUAUUUGCUAAAUUAUAAAAGAUAUCUGAUUUAAAAAGUGUUAUGUAUAGCAUUAAGCCAUAAUUACAGUAGAAAUCUUAUAAUAUUAGAAUAUCUCUAAGUAUUAAAUGCAAUAAACAUAUACUAUUUCAAUUACACUGGUCUGCAAAAAAAAUUAACCAAGCACCGGCACUAUUAUUGGUGAUUCUUAUAUAAAAUUACGUUCUGAAUCACCAUCACCCACCAUUUUCGGGGGAGCCCCGCACUUCUCUUUUUACCAUUUUUCGAUAAUAAAAACUUAUGGACAUCGAUUUAAUUUGAAGGGGUAAAAAGAACUAUUCAAUCUGGAAACAAUUAUAAGUAAUAAAAAUAAGUACCAUUAUUUUGGGCUUUCUCUCCAGUUAUACCCUGAGGUAUUAUUUCGUCCCAAAAACCAUCGGUACUCCGCCAACAUGCUUGCAUUCACUUGAAAAUCUCUUUUCCAUCUUAGCGAUGUCUUGAUAGAAUCGUUCCCCGUGUUCAUCAGUGAUUGCUCCUAAAUUUUUAGGGAAGAAGUCCAGGCGCUAAUGAAGGAAGUGUACUUUCACAGACAUGUUACAUCUCAUGGCCUUGUACGCUAACAGCAAUUCCUUUUUUCAUUUUGAAUCUUGUAAAAGUUGUUGGGGACCCGUAAAAACUUCAUUAUUUAGUUUUCAAAAAUUGAAAUGCGUCACAUGUCUUGUCCAUUGCAUUCACAAACUUUUUAACAAACCCAGUUUAAUAUGCAAAGGUGGCGAGUACAUAUUUUCCUUCGGGACCAAAGGACAUUUUUGUUACCAGGAGUAAAAUUUUCUCGCAGAGGCCAAUUCCGUAUGGUGUAAUGUUUGUCUCGGGCUCGAUUAUCCUAUUCACAAAGGAAGUAUGAUCGUGACUAGAGCAACAACUUUUAAGUCAGCGCAAGUGUCCAUUUAUAAUCAUGAUAACUAAUUUUAUCAAGGAUUCGGCUGAUAUUUUCGUACAUCUUCUCCAUAUCAACAGAGUAUUUAACUGGAAUUGAUGGUAAGUUAUUCCCGUUUGCCAACUGGAUAGCUUUUAUGCGUGUUUUCGAUGAAUAUAUAAAUUCUUUAUUUGUCUCGGUCCCAUGGGAUCGUUAGCUUUCUGGUCCUAUAAGAAGAUAUUUUUACGAGCUUUUCUAAGAGACUCCACUGACUAGACGUUGAAAUAUGUGAAAAAUAAGUAGGGGAUGUCCACCACAAAUGGUGUCAGGGGCGAUUUUCAUGCAGACCAAUGUGAUUUAGACCUGCAUCAAGGAAUUUGAUAAAAAAUAUACUUCAUAUAUUGUGUAAUAUUAAUGUUCAUUUACUUUAACUUGCACUGAAACUUUGUAUUGGUAUGAGAAACGUAGGCAGCAAAUUGUUAACUUACUUUUAUUAAAUAAUAGAAUAGAAUUUUUACUGAUUUUACAAACCACUCACAGGUGAAGACACAUCAUAUGUGGUACUGUACAUUAGUAAAAAUACAAGUACCUAUAAAUAAACACCUAAUAUAUAUAUAUGGUGUGCUAAUUAUAAUAUUGUAAAUAAAGACAAUAAAUACUAAUACUUGAAAAA